AACUGGCGGCGGCAGUAUGCUGGGCGACGUGAACAUCUCUGCGAUAUUGGACUCCUUCUCCAUCAGUUACGAUAAAAGAGUAAGGCCGAACUACGGAGCUAACGAAAAUGAGGGAGUUAGAUGACGAAAGAGACCAAAUAUUGACACACCGGCAAAACCAAUCAAUUGGCGAACGAACAGAAAACCAGCAUACAACUCUUUUAAUUCCAAUUCGUUCGCUGCAAGCGGAGAAAAAAGCUUUUUACGUGUGCUCGGAUAAAAAAUAAAGAAAAAAGACCGAUACCGUAUUCCAUCCUUCAAUGCAGUGCUGAGAUAAAAGAAACUAAAGAACAGAAGACGAUAGAUAAACGUAUGCAGGAUUUGUGCUUAAAAACAUUUAAUACACAAAAUCGAUAGGAUAAAUCAAAACAUAAAAGCGCAAGCUUUCGGAUUGCUGUAACAAUGGCGCGACACAACGGCUAAAGCUCCGGCGAAACGCUCCAGGAAAUAUUUUUGACGUCGCUUAUCAUCUCCCACGUUUUACCCUACAAAAACGACGAGCUUUCGAGCGUACUACCGCUUCCAUAAAACAACUCUGACAGGAACAGCGCGGCAGCACGUGUACGCGAAUCGCAUCCUGUUUCCCGGCAAAGGAGUAAUUUGCAGUUUACCACGCGGCCCAACCGCGCGACUACCGAAAAAGAAAUACCGAUAAAACGAUGUGGCAGACAGGGCGCGUUUCUAUCGCGCGGAGAUAGGACGCACGGCACGUGACUCUCCCCGAAGAUAAAAGUGUAAAGCACAAAGCGCUUCUCUCUUUAAGCCCUUGAGCAAUCCGGAAAAGUACAGAUUGCCCGUAAUCUGUAGCCACCUACACUUUUGUCGUUUCAAAUAAAUGCCAGACGUUUAUCGACUGCGAGCGCAAUACGAUUUUGCGGUCGAAUAAACGCGAUGCUUAUAAAACAUAGGGAUAUUAAAGAGCCAUUAGUCCAGUUUCGAAUGAGCACGCUCGCCACCAGAGAGUCAGUUAGAGGCAAUUAGUGCCUGCCAAUGGACAGCCCCCGUCGCGUCGCGCGUCGUCCCACUUUCGGCCUCUACGCGGGUUUAGGCCCGGCCAAAAAGUCGCCCGCGCGCGCGUUCAGCUCGGCCCGCGAAGCCGAUUAUUGAUGCCAAAGCAGCCUACGAUUAUGAUUCAUGUGCAGACGAUUCUACCACGACAAAGUCACAUUUUCGGGGAUGGCCUCGGGUAGGAGGUAGGGCGGGGCUGGAGCGCUUCGAUAAAACUCGGAUCGAUGCUGGGACGCCCCACGGGUUGCCACGGGUUACCGUUAACGGCAUCUCCGCUCUCUCCGACUACACAGAGACGCAGUAUCUCGCCUUCAAUUACGAUUUUGACUUUGAUUUUAUCAUCGUCUCUUGACGGCCCCCUUUGUCCCGGAUUCUAUUUCGGGACCGCGCUGCCUCACACUUUCGGCUCGGUGUCGCGAUUGCUAACAACGACGUAACGCCUCGAUUUCAUAUAGCUGCUCUAUAUUUCCCCCCCAAAAAGGAUUGGGGGCUUUGAUUGACCGAGAAUCAUUUCGGUUCUUUAUAUUUCCGAAGAAGCUAAAAACGUUUGAACCGAUAUUUAUUCCGUUUAAUCCGAAAGAUAUUCCUGCGCUCGCAGUUAUAAUUGCAACUAUUGGGUCAGAUAUAAAAAUUGAAAAAGCGGUUAACUGAAUAAUUAACAGCUCGAAUUUGUAUGUUCCGAAGGUGGUUAAAAUUACGAAUUGCAAUUAUAAAUUCUCAGCUAAUGCGCAAUAAAAUGCGCAACAAAAUAAAAUAAACGCACAUUCAGCGUAUUAUCAUUUAAUUACAUUCCGUGCAAUUGUUAAACAUGCAAACCUAUAUUAUACGAAUAUUAUUAUAUAUCUACAUUAUAUGAAUAUUAUUGAAUUUAUUAUUCUGCAACCGAGAAUUGUUUCAACACGCUAAAACAAUUGAAAAUUUAUUUAACUAGCUUUCAAUAUAAUUAACACACCUUGCCGUUGCGAAUGAUCGAGGUCGUGGCAAAAACAUACAUAUAUUUUCUUGACUUUCCAAGCUGCAUUAGGAGUAUAUGCAUUAAUGAUUCGCAGUAAACUCGAGUUGACUGUUAGACAUAAAGGACGAUCGUUUCAUUUUCCAGCGGGAUCACGUAUACAGGUUGCUAUCGGCAGAUCGCAAAAAAGUGCACCAAAUGUACCGUCUAGAUUCGAAUCGCCGAUAUCCGCGCCUCUCGCCGCUCCUCGCAUAUCGAUACACGCGAUCCCCGGGGAAUACGAGUUUCUAACAUUUAAAAUUUAGAUCGGUACGCGGACAUUACGGAAACGGACACGAGAAUACCGCGAACGGACGAACGGGAUAAACCGUGCCGCCGCGCCGCUCUCUUCGAUUCCGUAGUGCUUCAUUGGAUAUUCCCCGGAGCGCGGCCGGAUUUUCAAACACGAGCUCCGCGACGCUGCCAUCCAAGGCCUACGUAAAAUGACAAAAUACGUGACGGGAAACUCGAAAUGUUUGCACUCCAUAAACUGGCUGUGCCGUAAUGAUAAACAAAAACUUUUCGCGUUCGUGUUAGAAAAGGAAGCCUACAACGCUAACACAAUGUCGACCCGGAUAGAAUUGCGAACAAACAAAUCAAAUUAAAACGCUGAAACUUUAUACGUGCUUAUAUAUUCCGUACUUACAUUAAAUAUACGUUGCGAAUAUUUAAUAUAGUUACAUCAAAUAUUUUUCUCGUGUUCGCGAGAAAAACAUCUAUUUAAAAGUUUACCUUGGAUAAAGUGUAUUUAAUUCGUAUAAUAUUUGAUAUUACGUAACGCGUAAAAAAAAAGAAAAAAAGGAUUCGGACGUACAACAUUUAUAGUUUAGCAAAUAUAUCGGUUCACGCGGAGUUGAUGACUGCGAAUUUUCGAUCCGACGGUCCGAUUAUUAAUUUUUGUUCUUUCUCAGUUGUAUCACAUGUGUCUGGAAUAUUUUUUAAUCUUUUUUUUUUCGGAGUACAUGCUCUCUCAUGGGCGAUCGGUUUGCGCGGGCGAAGCAUACUGGCGCGGUUUCAAUUAACUCGAUACCACGUCGGCCGUGCGUUUUCCAGCAUGUCGCGAGAACGUCAUUGUGAAAUAUGUGUCCCAUAUGGGAUGUUCCUCCGACUAUAGGGGCUUUAAAAACAUCCUAGAAAUGGAAAUGAAGAUAUAUCGGUCGAGUGGCGCGCGAUGGCGUUGGCAGAGUCGUUGUUUACGAGUCAACUUUAUCGCGAAAACGCCAACGUGGACACGUAUAUGCGCCUCGCAUUCCCCAACCCUUUCGAGACCGCACCCUUGGCCUCGCACCCCUCGGCAGAGCCGGUUCUUUCCAUCUGCACCUGACUUCCCGCCCACCUUCGCUCUCUGCCCGAAAUUUCGCCCAUAAACUUUUCUACAGUGAGGUACCGCCUGAUCGGGCGUGAUUACAUUUUUCCGCUUCGUCUUUGCGGCCGAUCAAUUCGACCGGCAGCCUCGAUUUCGUGCCUCACAUCUGGCACGGGCUCUAAAAUUUUCACGUACCCUCGUCAGAGAUCUUUGAAUUUAAAUUUCACAAAGAUUACAAGAGAAAUAGCUUAUGUCACAUCGCAUAUUGAAACUACGCAAGUUUGAGCGAUUGUUUACGGAUAUUCUUACUGAAAUGCAUUAAAUUUUAUCAAAAAUUAAAAAUAAUUGCAACUGUAACUGCAAAAAAAAAUACAUUUCCGAAUAAUCACGCGAUAUCGGUUAAAAAAGAUUGAAAAAAAAACGAAAAAAGUAUCUCACACCAAUAAUUUUACAACGUUUCAACUUAAUACAAAUGUAGCUUUAAAUAUAUGACUUAUUCGUCUCGAUUAAGUCCAAGCGCGUAUAACAUAAACCAUACGACACGAAGCAUGUCACAGCGCUGCACAUAGAGAGAUUAAGCCUAUCCGCAAAACCAUCGUUAUGUAACGAUGAUGACAACCGAGCACACGUAAAUUAGCGCAUAAAUUAUAAUCGGACAUGGUCUAAUCGAAAGCGAUUACCACUUUCAGCGAUCCAUCCAACGUAGCGACCUCACCAACAUACCAUUUUGCAUUUACAGUAAAGUCACAGAACCGAAAAAAAAAGAACGAAAGAAAGAAAGCAAAUAUAUGUGAUAUUUGUAAUUAACGAACGAAUGCCAUAGUCACUCUCACCGUGUAGCUUGGCCGCGGCCGAAAACCGGCGACUCAGUUUUACUAACCUUCGAUUUCAGGUCCUCCCGUCGAGGUGGGCGUCACCAUGUACGUCUUGAGUAUCAGCUCCCUAUCCGAAGUGAAAAUGUCACCUGUGUCGUACCAGGACUUCACGUUGGAUUUUUACUUCCGACAAUUCUGGACGGAUCCACGGCUCGCGUUCAAGCCCCGAGCGGGCGUCGAGACGCUCAGCGUCGGUUCAGAAUUCAUCAAGAACAUUUGGGUACCCGACACCUUCUUCGUCAACGAGAAGCAAUCGUACUUUCACAUCGCUACCACCAGCAACGAGUUCAUUCGUAUUCACCACUCGGGAAGCAUCACGCGUAGUAUACGCUUAACGAUUACAGCGUCGUGUCCCAUGAACUUGCAGUAUUUCCCGAUGGACCGACAACUGUGCCAUAUCGAGAUCGAGAGCUUUGGAUACACAAUGCGCGAUAUUCGGUACAAAUGGAACUCCGGCCUACAGUCGGUCGGCAUCUCGAACGAGGUGGAACUACCGCAGUUUCGCGUGCUCGGUCACAGGCAACGACAGACAACCAUACACCUAUCUACAGUCGGAUACACGAUGAGGGACAUCCGGUACAAGUGGAACGAGGGCCCAAACAGCGUCGGGGUCAGCAACGAGGUCUCCCUGCCUCAGUUCAAGGUCCUCGGUCAUCGUCAACGCGCCAUGGAGAUUAGUCUUACCACCGGGAAUUACUCGCGGCUGGCCUGCGAGAUCCAGUUCGUACGGUCGAUGGGCUACUACCUGAUCCAGAUCUACAUACCCUCAGGGCUGAUUGUCAUAAUAUCGUGGGUGAGCUUUUGGCUAAACCGAAACGCGACCCCCGCUCGGGUGGCCCUCGGAGUAACCACUGUGCUCACUAUGACGACCCUAAUGUCCUCGACGAACGCGGCGCUACCAAAGAUCUCCUACGUCAAGUCCAUCGACGUCUAUCUGGGCACCUGCUUCGUCAUGGUCUUUGCCUCGUUGCUCGAAUACGCUACGGUGGGCUACAUGGCGAAGAGGAUUCAGAUGCGGAAAAAUCGCUUCCAAAAGAUAGCCGAGAGCAUGAAGGCCGCGAGCGAAAAUCCAGGACCCCGCGUGCCCGGUGAUCAUGGCGAUCAUGCGCCUAAGCAAACUUGGUCCCAUGUUGUCCAGGAGGUGCGGUUCAAGGUGCACGACCCAAAGGCACACAGCAAAGGUGGGACUCUCGAGAACACCAUAAACGGUCGUGCCGAUGAAGAAUCGGCAGGUGCGCCGCAACAUAUUAUUCAUCCUAGCAAGGACAUCACCAAGCUCUACGGUAUGAGUAGACCAUGCAUAACGCCGUCGGACAUCGACAAGUACUCCCGUAUCGUAUUCCCGGUAUGUUUCGUUUGCUUCAAUCUGAUGUACUGGAUCAUUUACCUUCACAUCAGCGACGUGGUCGCGGACGACCUCGUGCUGCUCGAGGAGGCCAAGUAAACGACGACGACAUCGCAGUGUGCUCCGAAUCGACUAAGAAGAAGGGCAAAAGAGUGCACAGAAGCGAGCAUUCUUACGUGUAAGAACGGAACGAGGACGGAUUCACGAGAGAGGAAGCGAAAACGAUUCGAGGAGGAUAAAUCAAGACGCGCUCGGUGACGGCUUUAGGACGGCAGUAGUAAAAGCGAGUAGUAAAAGCGAAUGACAUCCGAGACAGCCGUACCAGCUCGCAAGCCAGAGAGAGAGAGAGAGAGAGAGAAAGAGAGAGAGAGAGACAUGCUCUCAAAACAUGCGCUUAGGUUCGUCUCGAGAGCACGGUAACCACUUCUCUACUGGAAGUAGUAGCGGACAAAUACGCGCGGGCAGUCGCGCGGUUGCCUAGAUAUGGAGUAGGACUACUUUGCCAUCACUAGCAAGUAGUAACGGACGACCGACGCAGACUCCGACGUGGCUUACCAAACGCGCGCUCCCACUACUCGCGCGGCGUUGUGGCUACCGCAAUUUCUACAGGCAGCAGGCUUUCGUUCAUCAAUCAGCGAUCGGGCACGCGUAAGCCUCAGCUAUCAUCGCUGUCCACGAAGCGUCUUCGUUAAAGACUCAAUAUAUAUAUAUAUAUAUAAUAUAAAUACAUAAAUAUAAAUAUAUAGAUACGUUGCGCGAUACAUAGAAAUAUAUAUGUCGCGACACAAGCGAAACGGCAAGCAAGAGCUCAAUCGCGAAGGCGAAUCCACGAGCAUACAUACCAUAAAACAUUGCCAGUCUAGGUAUCUCUAGUUCUUAAACGGAGAAAAUACCUUCGAUAUAAACACUUGUCAAUUUAGCCACCAUUACAUAGUAACGUUAACUAACGCUAAGAACAACACCGAGACUCGUCGGUUUGAAGCGACGAUUCAAUCGAGAGCAGCUUGAGGACGGAAAAAUAUAGGAUUAUCGACGUUCGUCGAGGUCGAGGAUGAAUCGUCGCUCUGACGCCGUCAGCAGCGUUCGCGCGCAGAGGAAACGUAGCGGAAAUCGCAUGGUGGCAUGUGUGCGCGUGCAUGCGAGCGAACGAGAGAGAGAGAGAGAGAGAGAGAGUGAGAGAACGAAUGAACGCGAGCGUUAAUGUAUGAGUGAAGCCGCGUGCGUGGAACGAAGAAACGGCGGGAAAGUUCAUAUUCCGAACGAAGAUAAUGUACUAUCGGAGACUGGUGCGACUUAUUAUCUAAGUAAGUACAGUAAGUAUAUGUAUAUUAACAUAUAUACGCGCGCGCGUACGCGGCCACGUUAGGUACGCGCGUACAUGCAUAUUAGACACGUGCGUGCACACGUGCGUACGCAGAGCGCGUACAGACGAUGAGCAUUCUAAGCGAGAGACAUACAAAUAUGACAGUACAAGGGGGUGGUAACGCGACGCAGAACGCCCACGACGAAAGUGGCUCGGGUUUCACGGGUAGCGGCCUCACUUCAGCAUCCGCAUUUAUUUGGAUUACGGCCAGUAAGAGCCAGAUCUCUUUUCAUUUCGUAGGACUUUUUUACGAUUUUUCACGACGCGACUUUUGUAUUUCUGUAUGUACGACUCGCGUCGCCGCUACGAUGAAAUCGGUGUUGACUGUCGUCACUCGUCCCAGGGCGUCUCUAAACGCGUGUACGUGCGUGUGCACAUGGCUCAAUCGGGAGUACUCUUAGCUCGUACUACGUAGUCGCGACUGUUUACAUAGGGAAACUCCCGGGACGUAUAAUGAUUAUAGAUCGGACGUAAAAAACACUCCAACCGAGUCGAAAAAUUCGAGAGGGACAAUGGACCAAGGCAGAAUGCGGCUCCAGUAUUUGCGUGAUAUUCACUUUCGUUUGAAAAAGAUUUUCGUUAGAGAACAAUUCACACAUAUAUAAUUAACGUAUAAAAUACACAUGUCGCAAAUAUGAACAUAUCUUUUAUUAUAUUGUAUAUAUAUUUAAAAACCGUGGCGAAGAAUGUGAUAAAAAUAUUAAUUUAUACAACCGCGGUUAUCACUCUGUUAGUAACAGACUGCUAAAUUACUCAAAUAUUUUCCUUGGGAAUUUUAUUCGCGCAUCUUAAAUCGCAUGCCUUUAUAUCGCCUACGUAACGACAGCGAACCGACGUAGCCGCACUGGAUUUUGACUAUUUAAUUUGUAGAUAAUUCCAUCGACAUUCGUUUAAGUAUUUAUAUAGAGAUGAGGAAGACAGUGUGAAACACAAUCGCUCUUAUUUGUGGAUUGCUUUUAGCUCCGCGCUUACAACGGUUUUCUUGUUUCAACGUAUUUCGUUGCCCAAUGUUUUGUCAAUUUAAUUAACGUUAAUUGCAUGGUGUUCUACUUGCUUCUCUCGGGGUGCUGCGCACUCACUGCUCGUACUUUCUGAAAUCCUGUUCGCCAUUACAGACCAUCGAUCACUUACACAAGAAGUUUCCAAAACCUACACUCGAAACUUUCUUCUUUACGCCUUUCAUAUAUAAGCUACAUAGUAGCCGAGUACUUUCUUUUAAAUGUAGCUAAUUCUUCCUCGGUAAAGAUUGGAUUGGAUGCUAUCUUUUGCUUUUUUUCUAAUUUUCAUGAUUAUACAUCUCAAUAAUUAAACUUCAACUGAAAACUUUAUUAAAUCCGAUUUAAAAUUGAUUGAAAAAUAAUUUUACCUACAUUUAUUUCGAAAACUUGAUUCUUUAAAACUUGCCAAUCUUCAAGCGCCGGCAAUAUAAGAACAAUUGAGCGACGUUCUUUUUAGUUGGACUUCUGGUGUUUAUGAUUUAAGAGAAGCGCGGAAAACUUCUGGAACGUUCUAUAUACAUAUAUACUUGCAAGCACUCUCUUUUUACUGGCCUUCUCUCUUGCCCCUCGGACGUAGCGGCUGACUGCAAGCUGGGCCGUGGAAGCUUGCCAUUCAGGAUAUCGACCAGCUGACACGCCCAACCCACCCUCUGACUCUUUCUCAUCCCUUCUAACGCCAUCGCUCUUACUCUUCCUCUCCCUAUUCUCGUCCUCCAUUCUACUUCGCAAUCGCCAAAUAGUCCAUUUACCAGACGCUACUGUCAGUCGUGCAUUUAAUAAGGAGAUCCUUGCCACAGCGUGCUCCGCGAGAAUUCUUUAUGGAAAUAGGUAAUCCGUAGUCGAGGAUUCUGCCUUGGAUCACUACCCACCUCAGAUAUUCGAGAGAAACGAAAGAGGGAUGGUCAUAUUCGAGCGUCACGUUUUACCAAUACGAAAACGCUGAACCGUGCGAUUUUUAUUAGAUAACAUCGAUCAACCUUAUCGAUUUUAUUAUCGAAAAGAGAAUUACGAAUUCUCAGUAGGAACAAUUACGCAACAUUUUUAGCACCUAUUAAGAUACACCGUAAUAAAAUUAUGAAAUUCAAUUGGCAACGUCCUUUCGCUGAGCAAACACUUAAAUUUUUUACACAAAAAUCGAAAGAGAAAAAUAUAAAGGUACAUCUUCACUAAAUCGUCGAAGCCGUGUAAAGAAGCACUAGUUUAUAUAUCAAUAGAUUUUUUUUAAUACACUCAAUUAAAUGAUUCUCUAAACAAUAUAAAAAAAAGUCACAAAACGGUUUACAAGAUAUUCAGAAAAGCAUCUAACAAUUAAUAGAUCUCUUAGAAAUGUUAAUAACAUUUAAAUGUUUUUAGAUGUUUUUUAAAUGAGUGUCUUCAAAUUGAUAUCAAUCUGAUUCUAAAAAGAAUAAUUCUAGGUCCGUGAAUAAGGAGCGACUCACAAAAUUCUCAAGUAUCAAUGUCAAUUUUAUAUUCCCAUAGUGUGACUUGUACUUUAAGAUUACAAUUUGAGACCGAUACAACUUCGAUCGCGUUUCCAUCGUCGCAAAUAAACAACAGCGACGAGUUAUCAGUGUUUACGACGUGUUCACAACAUUUAGCGAGAUUAUACCGAUCCGAUUAAUCGUUGUACGUACUUUUACUCUUUCGCGAAGACGAUUGCACGCGCUCCGCCGGCUCUCUCGACUUUUCCAGACACACCAGCACCAGCGCGAUUACACGACACCCGAUACGUAGACUUAACAUCUCUCGCGAGAUUCAGAUGCGAUCGAUUCGCCAUCACGGACACAAUCAACCGCGGCGUUUCGUUCGCGCGUUUAAUUCGGCGACUUAUUUCGCUUUCGCGUUUUCCGCGCCGAACACUCGGCAUCCGGCUCUCAAUCGCGGUCACGCGAUAAUACAAAUAAUAGGCGGCGCGAGUUUGUCGUGCGCGAGAAGGCGCAAAUCGCGUGCCCAGCCCUCGUUCGUUUCUUUCUUCGACAGCACUCGUACAUAAUAUAUAAGUAUCGAUACAUUUCUCCACGUCCGCCCCAACCGGAAGCGUUGUGUGCAAUUUAUAUAACUGUACAUCCGUUAUCUACUCGGAGUCUCUAUACUAACGGGAGGGUGAGGGAAAAAAAAGAGGAUCUAACUCGUUUUAUCGUUGUGAUAUAUUCUAUGGUAGCUAUAUGCAUUUAUUCGCGCGUACAUGAUGACAUAUACGCGUGCCUAUUGUUUACGCUGAAUCUUUAAGAUGGACAAAUGGCGGGAAUUGGCGUGUCCACGAUCAAAGGCGGUGAAAAACUCUUCCUUAGAUAGACAUAUAGUUAGGUAUAAAGUAAAGCAAAUAAUUAAAUAACGUAAUAAUUAAUUAACUCUACGGAUAACGAAAUAAUUAACGUAAUAAAACGCGUCGCAUGCAUCUUGCGAUACAAUAUGUUAGCUUCGAAAUCACGAAUGAACGAUAUUCCUUUCUAACGCGCGAUACUAAAUCAAUUCAUCAAUUUAUUAAUGAUGAUGGAUUACGAUGCAAUUGUGAUUCAAAAUGAUCGAUUACGCACUAAUUUCUUGAGAACACAUGAGUACAACGCGCAUCCGUUACAAUCGUUUAGAUGCAUUCUUUAUUCAUUUAACUCCAUCACGACUACGGAGAAUAUUUUGUUAAUUAUUACAUUAUUUAAGGUAUUCAUAAUGCUCAAAUAAAUUUCUAACGUAUGUACAUUUGCUUGAUCUAAAUAAGUAUUUGAAAGUUAGGAAAGUUUGCUGAUCCAACGUAAAAAAUUUAGUAGCAGGAAACUCAUCACCAAGCGCAUUCAUCUACGAUAAUUCAAUCGCUCAAUGCGAUUCCUUGUGCCGAAUAUUAAAAAAAAAAUAAAAAUAAAAAUAAAAAACGCGUGCAUUAUAAGCGCAAAUCGACAUACGCACGUCAUAUGGGACGCGCCAAUUCCCCACAGACGUCACGAUCGACCAUUAUUAUUAUUAAUCACAAUGAAAUUUUUAUUACCUUUAUUAUUAUCUUUAUUACCGUUAACAUUAUAAAUGACCGUUUAAAGAUUACGACGUUCUUUAUCCUCUGGCAGGAUGACUACUUGCGUUAUCGGCGGGCACUUAUAUAUAUAUCGCGUAUAACAUUACCAAAUAGAUGAAAUCGUUAUAAAGACAAAGAGCAACCGAUGCGCAGGCAUCUCGGGAUUUAAUGAGAAGAGAUACAGAGAAAAAUACACAAACUAUUAAUAUUAUAUAAAUCGAUCACAUUUUGUAAAUACGAGUUUUAUACAGAGCAUUGUAUUCGUUAAACAAAGAGAGUACCUAUUGCGGAGUAAUAUAUAUACAUAUUAUAUAUAUUAUACAUACAUAUAUAUAUACAUAUUAUAUAUAUUAUACAUACAUAUAUAUAUAUACAUAUUAUAUAUAUAUAUAUAUAUAUAUACGCAAAUGUAGUGCACACGAAAAUGUGACUGUUCGCACGUAUUUAGGUAAAUCACUUUUAAAGUAUAGGAAAAAGAGAAAACCAAAGUAGACUGGAAGAACGUCGGGGGCCGGAAAGUUAGUGCGUACGUUCAUUCGUUCAUUCGUUCGUUCGUUCGUUCGUUCGUUCGUUCGUUCGUCCGUUCGUCCGUACGUUCAUUCGCAGCGAAUGUAGGUCAUAAAAAUCGACAGCUCGAAAUUGAUUACGUGCUGACCAUCUGCGUAAUGAUAGAUUCGGAGUAUCUUCCGCGAUCGCCGAUCGACCGUCGAAGACCAGAAGAGUUGAACUAUAUAUACACAUAUAUAAUAUACACACAUAUAACACACACACACACACACUUAAAUAAACUUUUUAUCAUUAUACGUAGAUAAGAACGACGACGUGAGAAAAUAUCUACGUGGUCAAGCUUUUUAUCAAUCCAUCCACGUAUUAUGCAUUCGCAAUCAUUACUCAUCUGCGGACGUAAGCGUAAAAAAAUUGCUCAAAACAUGGUUGUCAAGUCACCAGCAAAUGUACAGAAAUCACGAGUAAUUUAUUUAAGUUUUAUAGAAACGUCCAUUGGCAAGAUUAUAUUUAUAUCAACGUGUAUCAACGUAAAAACGUCGAAGAGAGCCUUUCGCAAACCGGAACACUUUACCUCAUUUUACCUCUAGCAUUAUCGCUAGCUAGCCUUAUAGCAUUUCACUACGAGAUGAUCAUAGCACUACGAGAAAUUAUCGACAGUACGAACGCUCACGUCGUUCGAUCAUCUUUGCCGCGAGAACGAGAAACUCUUCUGGACCGGUACGCAACACGACUGAAUCGUCAUCGGCGUGUGCACUCUCUGACAAGACCACGACAAUUCAAGCCGCGUUGUAACGAAAACUGCCAACUUCAUAUUGCAAUAUACGUUUUAGUCAAUCGUGGCGAUGUAAAAAAAAAAAAAAAAACGAGGAAUAGAGCGAACGCGAACGGUGCAAUCAUUUCGGAUAACAAUGAGAAAUAAACGCCGAUGUAUCUCCGAUCGCGUCGAUUGGUCAAUUCGAAAUACUUCGCGAAAUAUUCGAGUAAUGAAUCAAUUGAUUUAUCAUUGAUAGGGAAGUGCAAAUCGCGAUACGUUCAAUCGAUCGCACGCACAUUCUGUAUAUUCUGUAUAACUUUAUAGUUCCACAAUUUUUAUUUUGAAUUCCAUAAAUUAAAAAGUUAUAAUUUGCGCCAAGAAGAUAUAGACAAAGAAUUAAAAUUAUCUAUUAGUUAACGUUAUAAAACGAUCACUUGACAUGUAUUGUAUAAAUAUAAAUGUACCAUAUUGUAUAUAACAAACUUUGCGUUAUAUAACUAUAGACAAUUAGAUUAUAUAGAAGAUUAUAUUGAUAAAUACAAUUGUCUUAUUAUAUUAUUUGCGCAAUAUUGAAUUAAAUUAUAUUAUUUAUCAUAAACGUCUGUAUGAGUACGGGAGGUAGUCUUUACGAAAUGAGUGAGCGAACGAUUGAAGCGAGACAUUCUAAUCGGUAUUAAUCGCAGAGCGUAGUGCUGCGAGGACACGGAGGAAACGAAAUUGAUCGGAAGGCAUUAGGGAGAAAUUGGGGAAAGCGAAAUUUGUAGAGUUGUAGAAGCAGAAGAUAUGUGAUUGCGAUUUACUCGUGCCGCAAGCGAGAAACGUACACGUGAAGUACGGCAUAGCGAUCGUUUGCAUUUAACUAGUCCUAAAACACCUCUCGCUUGUCGCCGGAGAUCCCCGCAGUUCGUACCAGCUGCUUCCGAUAUUUCUCGCAACCGCCAUUCACUCGAGAUAGUUUCGAGAAUUUCGAGCAGCGUCGAAUCGAGCUCGACGGAUUUCAGGGAUGCAAUCUUCAGUUAUCACGAAAUUGAGGUCGUUUCCUCUCUCUCCGGUGGAUCGCGUACUUCUCAUGCAUCGCAAUCGAGAUCGCUUCGUGAACUAUUUCGAUCGCUCGAAAUCGGCGGCAAAUGCAAAUACGACGAAGGGUGCAUUCCCUUACGGGUAAGAGUAUGUACUGCUUCGCGAAGGGCGGAAAAAGCGAGGAUCGGCGAACGCGAACGAAACUCUGAAUGAAAGAACGAAGGCGAAAGUUGUGGCGCGACGAGUCGUCUCGACGAGAGUACCAAAUUCUAAAAUGUAUUUAAAGACACACGCUAACUGCAUUAUACUGUAGAAACGUAUUCUACGAAACGUAAACUGUAAGAAAGACAAUGUAGAUACACACGAUAUCCUAAACACACGCAUACUCAAACACGAACACGCAGCCAUUGCACGCAUACAUAAAAAAAUACACAUACACACACACACACACACACACACACACACGACACGAACACCUAAAGAUAGCCCUCUAGAUCGGCGAUUACCAUCUCGAGAAGCGAUUAUAUAAAUUAAUUAACGAUAUAUACAUACUUAUAUAUAUACCGGCACUUGGUAGACAGGUACACGUACCGAGUAUACCUACACUACCUGCAACUUUCUACUCGGCUGCGAGGCCGAUUGUGCGAGGUAAAAAAAAAGAGUGAGAGAGCGAAAGUGAGAGAAUGAGAGUGAGAGUGAAAGAGAGAGAAAGAUGGAAAAAGAAAAGCGAAAAGGCUGACGUAAAAAAUCGAUGUAAACGGUGGGGGAGAGACGUGUAACGUUCGUUUGUACGGCGCGCAAUAGUGCGAAUAUACGCAUAAUAGCUAGACAUAGACUAAUAGGUCCGGAAAACAAAUACCGAGUGUCUGUCGUAAUCGGGAUCAUGGUGUAUCCCGUUCGUGUAAGAAUGCCGCGUGUCUACUGCGUACACGGAAAGUACGUGCGUGAGAAUCUCCGUGGUCUGUAUCCUGUAUUGCGGAAGUUCCUGUUCCUCGAGACAGCGACAAAAAGAAGAAGAGGCGGAUUACGGGGGAGAACGAUGACGAAGAUGAAACAAACAAACUUAUCGAGAAAUUUUGUAGAUAUUAUCCGAUUCGCGCGGGGGCCGCCAGAAUCUGCCCGAAGCACGCCGAUCUCCCAUCCCAUCUUCGUACGACGCACGAAUGCAGUCUCGCGAGCGAACCACAAGGCUGGAUAUACACCUGACAGUUUUACCAUCUCGGGAAUCGUUCUAAGAGCGAUUAUCGAUUUCAUCGAGCACUACUCUUCCUUCAACUCUGACUAAUAAUCGCAAUUACCGACGGUUCCUCCAUUUUAACGGCACGUUUAAAAAAAAAAUGUACGUAGUAAAAAUUUGACUGAUUCGCACCGAACGUGGACCCUUUUAGCGUUUAAUCGUAUCUAAAGUAAAGUAUUACAAAUGUUUUCUAGCAACAUAAAUAACGGCUAAUUAUAACAUUUAUUAACACGCAAAUAAAUAUCGGCAAGAAAAGAAUUACAUACAUUUCAAGUUGUUGCAAAUUUAAGAGAAGUUGAUUACCAUAGGAAAAUAUAUAUAAAAAAAAUCGGACAUUAGAGAGUAACACGUAAUUUCUAUCGAACUUCCUCGCGUUAACGAACGAAAGAAUUGUAUAACAAGCUGUCACAAAAGAAUCUUAUCGUCGCUUUUUUCUCCGGAAAAAGCGACACGGUAAGAUAAAAGAGUGAUACCGUGUCCCUAUAAAGACGUCCAUCUUGAAGGAAGCAGAAGAAAUGUCGCUUUGAAAGAGUAAAACUUUCGAGUGUGCAUCAGCCUGAGUAAUCUCUGUGACGUAAGAAAAACAUUACCGUCGCGUAAAAAUGAGAAGGCGGAAGACAUCUGCUAAUAGAGACGGGAAGUAGGUCAGAUCCCGGCAAGCGCCCUCAUUUACGAUUAGCCGCGCGCUAUUAAGGCCAUUUUUUGUAAUAUCCGAAUAAAAUGCAUGGUCGAUGAUGACGUA